AUGUCUACGAGCAAAUCCAACCAGCAUGUCGAGGAAGAGGACGACCUUCAAAUCAAUGAUGAGGAUAUCGUUGAGGUCCAUGAGGAUGAGGGAGAUGCUGGCGAGCCCAUGUCAGACGAUGAUGAGGACGACGGACCAUACGACGGAGAAAUCGUCAUCGGCGGUCCGGGACCCGGGGAAGAGGACGAGGACAUGGAGAUGGAUGGCGACGAACAGGGAGAGCCGGCCGGGACGGACAAUAGUUGGGGUGUCAGCGCCCUUCACGCCGCACAGCAAUCUAUCUUCUCUCUCGCCCUCCACCCCGCCUUCCCCAACCCACCUCUGGCCGUUUCAGGCGGCGAGGAUGAUAUCGCCUUCAUAUUUUGCCCCUUGCCCGCCUCCGAGAACGCCGCUUGGUCGUCCGAGACGUUCCCUCCCGUUCGCCUGACGGGUCACACCGACUCAGUUGUCGCUGCGGGCUGGUCAUUCGACGGUGAAAUGAUAGCUACAGGCGGGAUGGACGGCAAGGUUCGCGUUUGGAGGCGAGUUCAGCGGAGAAAGUCUCAAGAGGGAUUGAAAGCGGAGGGCGGUGUUGCUUCCUGGAAGGACUGGGAGUUCCUGACCAGUCUGGAUACGAGCAGCGAGAUCAUCUGGCUUCAAUGGCACCCAAAAGGCAACGUCCUCGCCGCUGGAUGUGAGGAUGCGCAAGUCUGGAUGUGGCAAUUGCCAUCUGGAAACACCAUGGGUGUCCUUUCCUCUCACACUUUCAGCAGCACAGCCGGUCUCUUCCCUCCCCCUCUCGGCCGUCAGCUUCUGACAGCCUCGCUCGACUCGUCCCUCAUCCUCUGGGAUCCCCGUACCUCCGCUCCCGUCUUCAAGACGUCCGUCUUCUGCGCCGCCAACAGCCCGCACAUGGACCCCUCACACCACGGCAUCACCGCUCUCGCUGUCUCGCCUAACGGCCAGCUUGCCGCUGCCGGGGGAGCGAACGGUCUCGUCAAGAUCGUUAAUCUGCCCGCAGGCAAUGUCGUCAGCACCUUCACUGGCCACACCGAGGGAGAGAGUGUCGAGGCGCUGGUCUUUAUUGAUGUCCUGGGCGGUGCGGCCGGCGGCGGGAAGGGAGUCGUACUCGUCAGCGGCGGGACAGACGGAAAGGGGUUCGUUUGGGAUGUCGCUACUGGCCGAGUGAGGGCCGAGAUCAAGCACGACGAGCCCAUCACAUCACUCGCCGCACACCCAUCUCCUUCGCACCACCUCGUUACCUCCGCUUCUGCCGACGGCAACCUCAAGACAUGGGACGUCCGCACUGGUACCCUGAUUGCUACACACCAGGGGCAUGCUGGUCUCGUCAACGGUGUAGCGGUGGCGCCGGGACCGAAGGAGGCAUUCGAAGGGGCCGAGAAGCCAUUGCAGCAGGUAGUGGUCAGUGCCGGGGAUGAGGGUGUGAGCUUGAUCUGGAAAUUAUAG